AUGAACUGUAGAGUCAGAGCUGACUUGCCCACCAUGAUGACUUUGUGUAAGGUGACAGAAUUCUGCCCCUUGGGUUUAUUUGCAGCCAUUUUGUGCCUCAGUUUUCACCAGAGGAUUAGGAAGAAUCUGCGCUGGGAGCCAGUCAGCUGCCCGGAGGGCUCCGGAAGCCACGGCUGCGUGGUUCCGGCUGGAGGGUACUGGGCCCUCCGAAGGCGGAGUCUGACACUGGCGGCUGAGCUGGCUGGAGGAGGGAAAAGAAGGAGGAAGAGGGCAACGAGGAUGAAGACGACAAAUCAGCAGAAGGAGCUUUUGAAGCAAGAGCUUGAGGUUCCUGGUGCCUCAUGGCCAAUUCAGAGUGCAAGGCCAUUCAGAGAUUCCGUCUGCUAUCUGAACUGCCGUGUGUGUGACAGCAAAAAUGACCCAUCAGUGGGAGCAACUAGGUUGGCUGUUCAGGUGAUUAUCCUUCACCAUCCAGGCCAAAUCAAUGCUGGCUAUGCUGCUAUUCUGGAUUGUCACACAGCUCACAUUGCUUGCAAUUUUGCUGAGUUGAGGGAAAAGAUUGACCAUCAUUCUGGUAAGAAGCUGGAAAAUGGCCCUACAUUCUUGAAAUCGGGUGAUCCUGUUGUCAUUGAAAUUGUUUCAGGCAAGCUCAGGGGAAUUGAGAGCUUCUCUGACUGUCCUUCUUUGGGUCAUGUUGCUGUUUGUCAUAAGAGACAGACAAUUGCUGUGGGUGUCAUCAAAGCAGUGGACAAGAGGGCGGCUGGAGGAAGCAAGGCCUCCAAGUCUGCCCAGAAAGCUCAGAAGGCUAAAUGGAUAUUAUCCCUACUACGUGACACCCCCGUCUUAAUCGGUGGUGGAAGAAUGGUUUCAGAACUGUGUUUUUAAAGUUUACUAGUAAAAGACUGGUUAAUGAUAACACCUCGUCAAAUCUUUGGGAGGAAAGGAGAAACUUUUGUGUACCAUUUUGAUUUUUUUUUUCAUGUCGAAGUUUUAAGUUAUUAGUUUUCAGAAUCAGUAAAUUUUAAUGAAAACAACUUAACCAAAAAUCUGUCACAGAAUUUUGAGACCCAUUAAGAUAAAGUUUAAUGAGGAAAAAAAAAAAAGAGAAAAAGGAAGAUAGGUGAUGUGUUCAUGGCAAUAUCUCGAUUCUAGAAUCAAAGUAUAUGGCA